AUGCCUGCCCUCGUCUACAAGCACGUCGUUCGUGACUACGACCACGCUUCCAAACUACCCUCUACUGUCUGGGACGCUUUCCGCACACGAGAGCGCGAGGCCAACAUCAUGUACCCGCAUGCUCUGAAGUCUUGUCUCUACGAUGGCAACCAGCAGUUCUGGAUAACAUGUUCGACCCACAUCGCCUCGGGCGACGAUCGCCAGACACUGGAUCUUGUUCUAUCGUGCACCGAAGGUGCCAUGGGCUCGUAUCCUCUCUUCAUCUUUGCCAACACAUCAAGCCGGCAUCUCAUCCCGGAAUGGUUGCGUUCGAGGCUGGAAGCCCUGAUCCAGCGAUUGUUGGCGAAGGUCGAUGCCUCCCGCGUCUUCUCCAUUUUUGCGCCCGAGGCCAUCACGCGGGAAUUCGCUCAGAUGUGGACCUACCGCACCGAUAUCGGCUUCUACAACGAGCCCUACUACGCGGCGAAGUUAACUUACUGCACGCCAACUACGAUCACGCGCCGGAGAAUGACCCUCUUUCCGGAUUUGGGCUAUGUGCCGCGACUCGCGGAGGAGAGGGAUCUGCACGUUGUCGCUGAGCUUUGCCAUGGGUUUGCGGCAACAUCGGAACCGUUCACCUUAACGGAGCAGACGGCGCUUAAAGAGGCUCACUACCUCAUUAAGCAUGGGCUUGUGUGGGUCCUCGAGGUGCACCGCCCUGGUCAGUCAUCCGAUUUGGCCUCCCUCGUCGCCGUUACUCGUACUUCCGCACAUGUCGCUGGAAUCACGAAGGUGUAUACCAACCCGCGAUGGCGCAAGCGCGGCUGCGCGGAGCGUCUCGUACGGCACGUCUGCCAGCAGCUGUUGAAGAACAAAGACGCUGUCGUGCUCUACGUCGCCCACGAUAACCCCGCAGCCGCGGGUGUGUACCAUAGGGUGGGCUUUCAAGGUUUGACGGAAUCCAAGGCGCGGGUGGACGGAGUUGAGAACUGGUUAGAGUUGGGCUUCGAUCGUGAGCUCGUUCAACUAGGGCAUUGGUGA